CGAGGCCAAACCAAGUACCACUACUGACGUGGCAGCAUGCUACUGGAAGUUAAAACAAGCUCUUCAGUGAAAAAGGUACAAUGAUUCCGGAUGAAGUCCACCGUGUGACUUCAGUCCAUCUUCCUCCUUUCCACGCCUCGGUUUCUCUGACUUCACACGCGGUCCUCCAAAGUGAAUCCCUCCUCUAUUUAUGCCCCCCGGACAUCACCCCACAGUCGCAGCCUCUGCUCUCUCAGUCCUCUUUCUUCCUCCAUACUGACAUAGAUGUCUGUGAGACUGGAGGAAGGCAUGACAGAGCCUGAUAUCGAGGCAGCACAGCAGCUGGUGCAGCUCAGCAGCGGGGAGGAAGAAGACAGUGAAGAGUCGACAUGCUGCAAGAAGAAAGAGGAGGAGGAAGGGAUGAAACAAGCUCUGAUAUUAAUGACAGGAAGACGAAGAGACGAGUGCGACCAAGAGGAAGAGAACAAGGAGGACCGGCCGAGGAAAAGGCAGCGGUUCCAGUCAGUAGUGACGAUAUAUAAGCUGACCCAACCCAUAACCUAUGAUCGCCAUGGUUUCUAGCAAGAAUGCAAGAGAAGUGGAAGAGGUAAACCGGUGGGAGGAGGAGGAGGUCACGUUGUGGCAAUAGUUCUCUAAUAAUCUUGAUUGUACGAUCUGCAUCCCUCUCUCUCUCUCUCUCUCUCAGGAUCGGAGGGUCCUUUGGACAGUCCUCCUUUUGGUUUUUUCGCAUUACUCUUCAU